AUGACGUUUGAAAUAUAUUUAACCUGUGUGAUACCCAUCAGUGCUUUCUUUGCCUCAAGCCUCUGGUUUGGCAACACAGCUUAUUUGUUUAUUUCUGUAGCAUUCAUCCAGAUGCUCAAAGCCUUAAUGCCAGUGGCUACUUUCGUAAUGGCUGUAAUUUGCGGUACUGAUAAACUACGAUGGGACAUAUUCUUGAACAUGGUGUUGGUUAGCAUUGGAGUUGUAGUGUCUUCCUAUGGUGAAAUCCAUUUCAACAUUGUUGGUACAGUUUAUCAGGUCACGGGAAUAUUUGCCGAAGCUCUCAGGCUCGUCCUGACUCAAGUUCUUCUUCAAAAGAAGGGCUUGACCCUCAAUCCCAUCACCAGCUUAUAUUACAUUGCCCCAUGCAGUUUUGUGUUUCUUUUUGCACCUUGGUUUCUGCUAGAGAAGUCUCAAAUGGAAUUUUCACAGAUCCAGUUUAACUUCUGGGUAUUUUUCUCCAACGCCCUUAGUGCCCUGGCUUUGAAUUUCUCAAUCUUCUUAGUCAUUGGUAGAACGAGUGCUGUGACCAUUCGAGUUGCUGGUGUCUUGAAAGACUGGAUUCUGAUUGCUCUUUCAACUGUUGUAUUUCCGGAAUCAACAAUCACUACAUUAAAUAUUGUUGGUUAUGCUAUUGCCAUUUGUGGUGUAGUUAUGUACAACUACUUGAAAAUCAAGGAUGUCCGAACAACACCACUUCCUGUUGAGAAUCUUGCUGAUCGAACAGCGAGGGAAUUUAAGAUGGAAAAGAAGUUGUCUGAUCUCUAUGUCCCGGAUGAGAAUAUGAAUAGCACAAGUAUGCUACGGACUGGAAGAAAUAGUUCAGGUUCUGAUGUUGUGGAUGAAGAAGCACCUCUACUAGCUUCCUCUAGGCUCUCUCAUUUGGGGCAAAGCCAUUAUAGCAGCCACUCAUCGUGA